UUCUACAAUCCUGCGGGUGUUCGCAAAAGACCUACAAAUCAGACGCAUCGUGUUGCUAUCAGAUGGAUUCAAGAAUUCCCAAACCAGGGCCCGGCAGCAUCUCGUGCGGACACGAGUAGCAGAGUCGUGGAAGAGGAGUCUGCAGAGAUUCGCGAGUCUAGGAUAUAUCGAAGGACCGCCACUGGUGAAAGACGACUUCGAGCGCCUCUUUUGAACGCUUAUCUUCUUGCUGAUGCGCCUCUCCGGUUGACCAUCGGAUCUCAACGCGACCCAUUCUCUACCUUACCGGUUCCAUGGAAGCCUCCAUAUGGCAUCAUCACAACUCCAGCCAUUGUAGCUGAGAGCUUCGAGCCAGAAGGCAAGACGCGGCAGGAAGCACUUGAAGACAUUGAAUGGCCAAUGGCACUGUCUGUACAGACAAACGAUCCUGCGUUGUUCUUUGCCGCUCUUGCCAUGUCAUGUGUGCAUCUUCCCGAAACUCAUGAGUUCAGUCCUCAGAGCAAUCCUUUCUUCUUCCGCUGGUUAUCAUCCAAGUGUGUCGAAUUCUUGAACAAGUCACUAUCGAAUCCUUCACGAGCAUGCAGUGACGGAACACUGGUCGCAGUGACCUUCAUCUCUUUCUGUGAGAGUAUGGCUGGAAACCACCGCAUCGCUGCUACUGUCCAUCAACCAGGCUUGCGACAAAUGGUCAAUGCGCGUGGCGGCCUGGAUACAAUUGCCAAAGCAUCUGCUGUAGGUGAGAGGGUCACCAAAGCAAUAUCUGCUCUGGACAUAGUUGUGGCUUCCAAAUUUGGAUCCAGCCCAAUAUUCGACGACUCAUACAUCCUCACUCUACAAGAUGUAGAGAUGACAGAUAUUGUCUCGAGAAUCAAGAAGACCGCAGAGGGCCGUCUCGAUCCUGCUUCUCCAAUGCCUCGUACUGUAAUCCUGACACAGCGACUCAAAGACCAUGAUAUCUUCAAGUCGCCUAGCCCGAGCAGCCCUGCCCAUGCAGGAACAGAGAACCCAGUCUCACAGGAUUUCAAUGAAGAUUCCAACUCUCAGGAUCCGCUC